UACCACCCAAAUGAACCCCACAAAACACACACACAUUAUCAUGUGACUCUUUUUCUUUCUUCAAUUCAUACAUAUCCAACCAUUCACAAUUAUUCCUCGCCAUAACAACAAUGGCAUUUCCCCUUCUUCACACUCUUUUUCUGCUAUCUAUCUUACUCCUUUCAUGUCCAUUGGCUUCCCAUGCCUCCGUGGACGCAACGAACCAGUUUUCGCUGCGUCCACACUCUGACGAGACAGGCAUGGGAAUGUCGGUUUAUGAUGUCGACAUAGAAGAUGAAGAAAUAGAUUUUGAUAACUUAUCGGUCUCAGGACGUAGAUCUUUGUUAUGGAGAAGUAUGAGAUACUACAUUUCGUAUGGAGCGUUGUCUGCUAACAGGAUUCCGUGUCCACCACGUUCAGGAAGAUCGUAUUAUACUCAAAAUUGUUGGAGAGCUAGAGGCCCUGUUCAUCCUUAUACUAGAGGUUGCUCCACUAUCACUCGUUGUCGUCGUUGAUAUUUGUCGUCUAGGCAGCAGCAUUCUGUUACUAUGUUACUAAUAAUUAUAUCAGAUCAACUGUCUUUUAUUAAUAUUAAAGACGACUUAGGCUCAAGCUUGAGGUUUGCCUAAGUCUAUUCUUAGUACAUGCUAUUUCAAUUAGUUGUGGAAUUGGUUAUUUUCAUAUUUGGUGGUGAAUUGAAUAUGUAUUAUGUUUAUUGAACAAUAUGAUCAUGAUUUAUUGUGAAUCAUUUUAUUAA